UUCACUGGACACUUCUGUCUGGGAACAUUUAUUUUCUUUAUUGUCACACAAUUAAUUGCCACUUGAUCUUAGGAUUACUGGGUGUCACUUGCAAUUCUUUGUUUCAUGAAAACGUUACAUAACGAACUGGUGAGCUGGGUCUGAAAAGAUUUUCGGGUAAAUCGAAAGUAGGAGCCGGACAAGAGGAGGCAUGGAGAUGCAAGAUAUUCCUGCAGGCAAGGAGACGGAAAAAGAAGAAAAGGGAGAAGAUGAAGGAGCAAGUGAACCGAUGCUGGAGGUCAAACUUGAAGAGGAACCGAAGACAGAGGAACCAAAGACAGACCACUAUGCCCUACUACAAGAUCCAUGUGAGGACAUCUACUCUGAAGCCUUUCCUACUGAUAAACCAGCAACAGCAGGCAAACAGAGCGAAGGAAAUGUCCGUCGAUACCGCGCUGCGUGCCUUCUCCUCCUGGUGACCUGCAUCGUCCUGCUGCUGGUCAUUGUGGCCCUCGCUGUAAAUAUGCGAACUGGACCCACAGUGUGCCCCGUGCCAGAGGACACCAGAGCAUACAAGCCAGCUGACGGGCAAAAUCCUGCGUCUGCUCCGACAUGCAGCUUCGAGCAGUGCCAGUUCCAAUACUCAGACAGCUUUGUCCAACGCAUCGGCUGCCAGCAGUGCUCUAAAGGCUGGCUGGCUUUUGGCAGAUCAUGUUAUUACCUGUCCACCAUACGGAUGAACUGGGACCAGAGCCAGAGAAACUGCACCGCUAGAGGGGGAUCUCUGGCUGUUGUUGGCAACCAGAAAGUUCAGAAUUUCCUCACUGCGAAAGGGAGCCUGAAAUACUGGAUCGGGCUGAGAAACCGCGCCGACGCGUGGACCUGGGUGAACAACACCAUGCUGCGAGAGAGUUUCUGGCAGGAGCCCUCACGGGUUGGGGACUGUGGGAUUCUCUGCAGUGACAUCAAUGCUGAGAAGAACUGGAUCAGCGCUUCCUGCCAAGCGCAGGCUUACUACAUCUGCGAGGUGCAGCUCUGAGAGCGUCAUCGUCUCCUUACAGAGCAAUGAGCAAACAAACUCUAUAUUAACAAGUGCAUAUUCUUCAGUAACAAUGUCAAUUCAAUUUUGUUUCCUUUUUACAUUUCAGUCAGUAGAGUAGCAAAAUCUAGAACGCAGCUUCUCACAUAAUAACUUUGAUACCAGGGAUGAUGUGCAGUCAGACUUAUUUUUAAUCUUUUCUAUAGUGUUUUGUAGCCUAAUUUGUAUCCGAAUAUUGUUAUGCAUAUUCACAUAUACACUUUAAUCUCACUCAUAUGAUUCUGCUGUAUGAAUGUUUCAUAAAUAAAGGCCAGUGUUUGUCUCAA